AUGCUUAGCGCUAACUCGAUUUGUGCGCAAUCCCGUCUCCUCCCGCCUUGCACAGACACAUAUUUCACCCUCGGAUUAACUUGCUUAUCUGAAGGCAGGGACCAGCCAAGCUUUAAGAAACUGGAUGUCGCGUCUUUAAGUAAAAUACACACACGGCCGCCAGGACCGCCUGGAAAGAGAGGGAAGAAAGGAAAGAAGGGUGAUACUGGGGAACCUGGACCAGCAGGGUUGAUGGGAGCACCGGGCAAAAAUGGAUUUCCGGGGAACAAGGGCGAGAAAGGCGAACGCGGCUUCAUGGGUCCAAUAGGGUUAGAUGGGCCAAAGGGAGAUCCGGGCCGACCCGGAGACAAAGGGCAUAAAGGCGAACAUGGCAGUCCAGGUUUUGAUGUCUUUUCAGCGGUUAAGGGCGUGAAACGCUCCGUGGACAACUAUAAGAUGAGCCCGUACACCACCGCAGAGAUUAUCGCUGUCAAGGGUCUGCAGGCGGCCGGGCACAACAUCUCAGCGCAGUCCAUCAUCCAACUUAAGGGUGAACCCGGAGAACCAGGCCCUCCAGGUGCGCCUGGGCCGCCCGGAUCUGACGGAAUUGCAGGCGCCGAGGGCCGUCUUGGUCCUGUUGGAGCUCCCGGACCCGCAGGCCCCAUUGGACCGGCUGGACCACCUGGCCCCAUUGGGCCUGUUGGACCCCCCGGACUUAUAGGACAUAAGGGAGAUCGCGGUGACAAGGGCGAGCGCGGUUACACUACGACCUUGAAGGGCGACGCCUUCCCCACAGGAAUUAUUGAAGGACCACCUGGCCCCCCUGGACCUCCCGGUGUGGCAGGAACGGCGGGCCCGCGUGGUCCCCCAGGACUGGACGGACGGCCUGGUGAUCCGGGUGUACCCGGACCCCCAGGAAAACCGGGUGAAAUAGGACCUAAAGGCGGUAAAGGUGACUACGGAGACAUGGGAUCACCGGGAAUGCUUGGUGCACCUGGUUUGCCUGGACCGCCCGGAUAUCCAGGUCUCAAGGGGGAAAAAGGAGAUAAAGGAGAUUCUAAAUACAGGAAACUACGUCGGAGACAAGGCGACGGCACAGGAUACGAGCUGUACGGUCAUGAUAUUAUGAUGGGUCCUCCGGGUGCUCCAGGCCCAGCUGGCCCUCCUGGGGUCGCCGGGCCUCCCGGCAUCAAGGGCGAUAAGGGGGAUCCUGGCAUUCGAGGAAAAUCGGGUGACCGUGGAGAAAAAGGUGACCCUGGACCAAUGGGACUUCCGGGUCCCGUGGGUCUACCGGGCGAGACAGGAGAACCAGGGCGACACGGAGAGCCGGGGCCUCGGGGCCCGCCUGGCCUCGAUGGCAUGAAGGGUGCACAAGGCGAGCCAGGCGGCAAAGGUGAAAGAGGAGAUCCAGGUCUACCCGGAACAGAUGGAAUACCUGGAACCGAGGGGCCCAAGGGUGAGAAGGGUUACAAAGGAGACGCCGGUCCUCUUGGAAAGCGUGGACGGAAGGGUGACAAAGGAGAUCGUGGUGAGCAAGGCGUGCCUGGCCUCGAUGCACCCUGCCCUCUCGGGCCUGAUGGUUUGCCCCUACCUGGUUGUGGCUGGCGGCCCUCGAAGGAGGCGGCUCGGCCGGUGGUGAAUAGUGCAGAGGAACGGGGAGUAGACAGGGGAGUUGGGGGAGAAGAGGAUGUCGGGGAAGAGGAGGUAGAAGAGGGCGAGUAUGAGGGACCUGAUGACACCCGCGACUAUGAAGACUACAUCGACCCUGCACUGCAGCUACGGCAUUGA